AUGGCUUCGAUUUUCAAUGUUUUGCUGCGAAAAUCAGCUAAUUUAGGCCAAACCACAGCAUUAAUAAAGAAUUUACCAGCAGUUUAUAAUGUGAACUCCCAGCGAAAUGCGCAUCGAUGGAUGCCUGAUGCAGAAUAUGUUAAGCAAUUUGAGGGGGCUGUAAUGUAUCCUGAUGAAGUUACAUCGCUUUUAAAGCAUUUGCCAUAUAACAGUAUAAUAAGUCCAACCGAAAAGCAAGUGCGCAACAUGGUCCUGAACUUUGGACCACAGCACCCUGCAGCUCACGGUGUACUCCGUCUUGUUCUUGAGCUGGAUGGUGAGACGGUGCGUGCUGCUGAUCCUCACAUUGGACUUCUUCACCGUGGUACUGAGAAACUUAUAGAAUACAAGACAUACACCCAGGCUUUGCCUUAUUUUGAUCGUCUAGACUAUGUCUCUAUGAUGUGUAACGAACAGUGUUAUAGUUUGGCUGUUGAAAAGCUCUUAAACAUUGACAUACCAAUGCGUGCCAAAUACAUUAGAACUCUCUUCGCUGAGAUCACCCGCCUGCUAAAUCACAUUAUGGCGGUCGCAACCCACGCUCUAGACGUUGGUGCGCUCACUCCUCUUUUCUGGCUGUUCGAGGAACGUGAAAAGAUGAUGGAGUUCUAUGAACGGGUUAGCGGCGCUCGUAUGCACGCCGCUUAUAUACGCCCUGGAGGAGUCGCUCUUGAUAUGCCGAUCGGACUAAUGGACGAUAUCUACGAAUUCGCAACUAAGUUCUCGGAGAGGCUUGAUGAGGUUGAAGAUGUUCUUACCACCAACAGGAUCUGGGUACAGAGAACCAGGGAUAUUGGAGUGGUUACGGCUCAGGACGCACUAAACUAUGGCUUCAGUGGUGUUAUGUUGCGGGGUUCCGGCAUCAAGUGGGAUCUUCGCAAGGCGCAGCCCUACGACGCGUAUGAAUUUGUGGACUUUGACGUUCCGAUCGGUACUUACGGUGAUUGCUAUGAUAGGUACCUUUGCCGGGUGGAAGAAAUGCGACAGUCUUUACGCAUUAUCGAUCAGUGCCUGAACAAAAUGCCGCCUGGAGAAGUUAAAACCGACGAUGCUAAACUAACGCCACCUUCCCGCGAGGAAAUGAAGACGUCUAUGGAAGCUCUCAUCCAUCACUUCAAGUUGUUCACGCAAGGCUACCAAGUGCCUCCUGGUUCCACUUACACGGCAGUGGAGGCGCCCAAAGGAGAGUUCGGAAUUUACUUGGUCUCUGAUGGAGGCUCUAAGCCUUACAGGUGUAAAAUCAAGGCACCUGGAUUCGCCCACUUGGCUGCUUUGGAAAAAAUAGGCAAGAACUCCAUGUUGGCCGAUAUUGUCGCCAUUAUUGGAACCCUCGACGUUGUGUUUGGCGAAAUUGACCGAUAA